CUCUCCUUUCUCUCACACUCUUUUUCUCUCUCUCUCUCUUCUCCCACCACCACCACCACCACUUCCUCUUCCCUUUUUCCGCCCCCAAAUUACCAAACCGCACCAGAUCGCCGCGGCGGCGGACGAGGAGGAGCCAUGAGCGCCAGCACUACUACAACCACUACAACGACGACGUUUCGCACCAUCCUCGAGAAGCCGCUCAACCAGCUCACCGAGGAUGACAUUUCUCAGCUCACCCGCGAAGACUGCCGCAAGUACCUCAAAGAAAAAGGAAUGCGGAGGCCGUCGUGGAACAAAUCGCAGGCGAUCCAGCAGGUUAUUUCACUCAAGGCGCUGCUGGAGCCCAACGACGACUCCGGCGCUGGAGUUCUCAGAAAGAUCGUCGGUCCGCCGCAUGGGCCCGCGCCCGCGCCAGCGCCGCGGGCGGCUUCGAAUUCGACCGAUUCAACUAAGGAGGCCAGUGCCGAUGUCCAGGGUUGUAAGUCGGCCGAAGAACCGGUGGUGGUGCUGCAGCAGAAGAAAGAACCGCAGAAACCGGUUCGGCAGGACCGACCGGCCGAACCGGCUGUAAAAGCCAUUACUCCAAGCAAAAAUCAGUGCACAGCCGAUGCAUCAGUUAGGCAAAUGACAAUUUUCUACUGCGGCAAGGUGAAUGUGUAUGAUGAAGUGCCACCAGAUAAGGCACGAACAAUCAUGCACCUUGCAGCAAGGCCCAAUCAUUUGCCUCUGGACAAUCUUGGAACUGCAGCAGCUAGGUCCUUGCGAUGCCAAUUUCAGACUGCAGGUGACAAAGAUGGCCCUUUCCCACCUAAUGCCACAAUCCCUCAGGCUAUGCAAACAGAUAGGAUUGCUGACUAUACUCAGCUGUACUGGGAUAAAGGGAACAACACUCGUGAUCCUGAGGGUCAGGCUAGAAAAGUCUCGUUGCAGAGAUACCGUGAAAAGCGAAAAGACAGGGAACGAGUAAAGAUUAAGAAAAAUAUGGGAUCAACUUCUAGCUUGGAGGUUUAUUUGAAUCAUCAACUCAGGAGACAUACCUCAAAUGGUAAUUCAAGUAGGAGUAGCACAAGCUCUCCACCCCAGCAACCUGGGAUGCUACAAGCAGCUGACAAUCAGCCCAAGAUUCGCUGUCUUCCUGUUGACCUAAAUGAAAAUGAUAUUGUGGAAUGCUGAACUUGACACUUCAUUAGUCAUAAAGAGUUGGAAGUUGAGUAAAGAAUCUGUUGUCUUGAAUUAUCACCCGAAACACCUGAUAGGAAGGAAGAGAAUAAACUAAUUUAACUGCCUCCAAGAGACCCACCUUGUGUGAUUUGAGCUACUCUUCAACCAUGAAGUUUUCACUGACUUUUGCCUAUCAGGAGGAGAGUUCUCUUUUUGAACUGGUAUGACAGAUCAGUUUUGUAAUUUGUAGGAUCAUGUUUUCAUCCUUAGCUCAAUGUCGGAUGUUUCUAGGUCGGAUGUUUCUAGGGUCAAGAUGCAAAGUUGCACUCGGCCAUUUUCACUGUUUUAACUCUUAUGUAUAAAGUUUGUAUGCGGUACCAAUCUCUGUUCCAAGAGAUCGAGCUUAUUGUACAUGUUGAAGGAAAGUACCUCCUUCAACAUUUUGUAGCCACGGAGCAGUGUGUCAUGUAAUCUAUUGUGCUUUUGUUUAUA